AUGCUUUGGGCACUACUGGUUCUCCUCUGCAGUAUCGUGCACAGCUCAGAUCAGAAUCAUUUGGAACUUUCAGAGAGGUUAUCAGGUUUUCACGGGCAGGCCUCCUUGGCACAACAAAUUUUUCAAAGACAGAAAGUGGCACCAGAAAGAGCUUUGGACAAAGGAUCGUGUUCCACCUGGGGCACUGGACAUUUCUCAACAUUUGACAACUACCUGUAUGAUUUCUCUGGGACUUGCAAUUACAUCUUUGCCACUGUAUGCAAUGACAUCACCCCAGAUUUCAACAUUCAGUUCCGUCGUGGUUUGAACAAAAAAAUUAGAAGAAUCAUCAUUGAGUUGGGACCCAAUGUUAUCAACAUUGAAAAUGGUGUCAUAUCAAUCAAGGAUGUUGGUAUUAUCAGGUUGCCAUAUACCAGAAAUGGAAUUCAGAUUACACCUUUUGGACGCAUCAUCCGCCUAGUGGCUAAGCUGAUGGAGAUUGAGCUCGCAGUUUUCUGGAAUAAUGAUGACUACCUCAUGGUUUUGAUUGAGCAAAAAUACAUGACAAGAACAUGUGGAUUGUGUGGGAACUUUGAUGGACAAGAAUUAAAUGAGUUUCUGAAUGAAGAUAAACUUCUGGACCCACAUAAAUAUGCUGCCUUACAGAAAAUUGAUGAUCCUACAGAGAUCUGUCCUUUUGAGGAGAUGGUAGUUCCUAAUGUUCCUCGCAAGAAAUAUGCCAGGAGCUGCACCCAACUUCUAAGCCUUGUCUCUCCGUCUUGCAAUAUCUCAAGGAAAGGGUUUGUCAUCCGUUGCCAACUUGACAUGCAAGACUGUACUGAUCCAGGGCAGAGAAACUGUACUUGUGCUACCCUUUCAGAAUACUCCAGACAGUGUGCCAUGUCCCAUCAGGAAGUGUCUGAUUGGAGGAACAAUGACUUCUGCUCUCUGGGAAGAUGUCCAGCUAACCAAAUCUAUAAAGAAUGUAGUUCUCCCUGUCUCAAAACAUGUUCCAAUCCAGAGUAUAGCUGUUCCAGCUACUGUACAUAUGGCUGCUUCUGCCCAGAAGGUACUGUUUUGGAUGACAUUUCAAGAAAUCGAACAUGCAUUCCUAUUGAACAAUGUCCAUGCACACUAAAUGGGGAAACAUAUGCUCCUGGUAAUACCAUGAAAGCAACUUGUAGAACCUGUAAAUGUACAAGGGGCCAGUGGAGCUGCACGGAACUUCCAUGUCCCGGCAGAUGUUCCUUGGAGGGAGGUUCUUUUGUCACCACGUUUGAUUCUAGGCCAUACCGUUUCCAUGGAGUUUGCACGUACAUUCUUAUGAAGAGUCCCAUGUUACCACACAACGGAACCCUGAUGGCUGUGUAUGAAAAGUCUGGUUAUUCCAGUUCAGAGACAUCACUGACAGCAAUCAUUUAUGUCUCAGGAAAAGACAAAAUUGUGAUUUCCAAAAAUGAAGCUUUAAAGAAUGAGGAUGAACUUAAGUGGUUACCUUAUAAAUCAGGAGGCAUCACCAUCUUCAGACAGUCAUCUACACACAUUCAAAUGUAUACAACCUUUGGGUUGGAAUUGGUAAUUCAAGUUACUCCAGUGUUUCAAGUUUAUAUUAAAGUUGGACCUCAGUUCAAAGGCAAUACCCAAGGGUUGUGUGGUAACUACAAUGGAGAAACUACGGAUGACUUCAUGACCAGCAUGGAUAUUAUUGAAGGAACAGCACCUCUUUUUGUGGAUUCUUGGAGAUCGGACAAUUGCCCCCAUGCCAUAGAAAGAGAUACAGAUCCUUGUUCUAUGAGUCAACUAAACAAAAUGUGUGCAGAGACCCACUGUUCUAUUCUUAUCAAGAAGGAUACAGUGUUUGAGAAAUGUCAUCAUGUGGUGAAUCCUGUUCCAUUUUACAAGAGAUGCAUAUACCAAGCUUGUAACUAUGAAGAGACCUUUCCUUAUAUUUGUUCUGCUUUGGGAUCAUAUGCCCGUGUGUGUGCUUCAAUGGGACUGCUUCUUGAGAAUUGGCGGAGUACAGUAGACAACUGUACCAUUUCUUGUACUGGAAAUCAGACAUUCAGCUACAAAACUCAAGCCUGUGACCGGACAUGCCUGUCCCUCUCCAAUCGAGACCCAGAGUGCCACACAACUGACAUCCCUGUUGAUGGCUGCAAUUGUCCAAAAGGAACCUACCUCAAUCACAAAAAUGAGUGUGUCCGUAAAUCCCAGUGCCCUUGCUACUUAAAAGACAGAAAAUUCAUUCACGCUGAUCAGUCAACCAUCAUUGCUGGAAUUACCUGUCAUUGCAUUAAUGGGAAUCUGAGCUGUACUGGCAAACCUGUAGACCCCGCAGAAAACUGCAAGCCUCCCAAAAAAUAUAUUUCAUGCUCGGCGCCCUCAGGAAGCAAAUAUGGAGCUGCCUGUGCACCAACCUGCCAAAUGCUGGCCACUGGGAUUGCAUGUGUCCCCAGCAAGUGUGAAUCAGGAUGUGUUUGCCCUGAUGGACUAUAUGAGAAACUAGAUGGUACAUGUGUGCCACCUGAUGAGUGUCCUUGUGAAUAUGGUGGCAUCUCAUAUGCAAAAGGAGAGGAGAUUCACAUUGAAUGCAAGACCUGCACCUGCACAAGAGGAAAAUGGCAAUGUAUCCAAAAUUCCAGGUGUUCUUCAACAUGCAGCCUCUAUGGGGAAGGUCAUAUCACCACGUUUGAUGGGCAACACUUUGUGUUUGAUGGCAACUGUGAAUACAUACUAGCUAUGGAUGGGUGUGGCAUGAGUGGCACUCCCCACACUUUUAAAAUAGUGACUGAGAAUGUUGUCUGUGGAAAUACCGGGGUCACGUGUUCCAGGGCAAUCAAGAUUCACCUUGGGAAUCUGACAAUAACUUUAGCAGACAGAAAAUACACUGUUUCUGGUGCAAAUCCUAGGACAGAGUUCUUCAUAGAAGAGAACACCCUCCACUUGAUUAUUGAGAUCACAAUCCCUGGCAAAUACGACAUGAGCCUUAUCUGGAACAGGCACAUGAACAUAUUCAUCAAGAUAUUCAGAGAAACAAAGGAUCACCUCUGUGGUUUAUGUGGUAAUUACAAUGGGAAUAUAAGAGAUGACUUUGAAACUCGGAGUAGGUAUGUGGCAUCCAAUGAAUUGCAGUUUGUGAAUUCCUGGAAAGAGGAUCCACUUUGUGGGGAUGUGUUCUUUGUGGCUGAUCCAUGUAGCAACAAUCCCUAUCGCAAAGCGUGGGCAGAAAAGCAGUGCUCCAUCAUCAACAGUCAAGUAUUUGCUGCCUGCCAUAGCAAGGUGUACCGCAUGCAUUAUUAUGAAGCCUGUGUCCAGGAUUCAUGUGGAUGUGACACUGGAGGAGACUGUGAAUGCAUGUGUGAUGCUAUUGCAGUGUAUGCAAAAGCUUGUUUAGAAGCUGGUGUCUGUAUUGACUGGAGAGCCCCAGAUUUCUGUCCCGUCUACUGUGACUACUUCAACAGCCAUAAGAAGAAUGGCAUGGAUGGCACCUAUUAUAACUAUGUUAAUGAACUGAAUUGCACCUGGCAUUAUCGUCCUUGUAAAUGUCCGUUCCAGCUACUAAACUACACACAGGUCAACAUAGAAGGCUGUUACAACUGUUCUCAAGAUGAAUACUAUGAUCAUAAGAAGAAAGCCUGUGUGCCUUGUGUCUCAACACAUUCCUCAACAAGACCCACCAGCCACACGCCAAAAACAACAAUAACCUCUUCCCCAUCCACAAUCUCCAGAACUACUGUGUCUCCGCGGACUGCAACAACCAGCACGCCGAAGACCUCUCCCCCAAUGUCAACCCCUGCACCGCCCACGACUACACCUGUUCCCACUACUGUUUCCACCCACCCCACUACACUCAGCACACCCACCCCGACCACUACAACAGCACCCCACACCUCCAGCACACCCAUCACUUUGACUACUAAAACUCUUCCCACUACCACAACCGUGCCCACAACUCCCACCUCCACUUCCACCAGCACGACAGUACCCACUCCCACCACCACAACUAUUACCACGACUCGCCCUACCCCCACAGAAACGUCCAGUCCUCCAACCACCACAACCCCCGUGACCACAACCAUCACAACGAGCAGCGGGACCAAUGUUCUUUUUCUCUUGCGUUACAGCACCACCGAAAGUCACUGCUUCUGUUCCAACACCAACUUCUACAGAGCAUCCUCGCCCAAGUACAGCACCCCUAGUUGGAGUAUCAACAACAGGUCAGUACUGCACGACAGUACCCACUCCCACCACCACAACUACUACCACGACUCGCCCUACCCCCACAGAAACGUCCAGUCCUGCAACCACCACAACCACCACGACCACAACCAUUACAACGAGCAGCGGUAA